GUCGGGACGUGCCGGGUCGUCUUCAUCCUGGAGACGAACUCCUGCACGCGCACGAGUUCUUCACUUUCUCGAUCCAAAUCCUCAUCCAAUCGACCAAUCUCUUACCCCUAGUACAUCCAUGACCCCAUAUAAAUGCUCGCUUGCUCCUAUUCGUCCGAUUUUUCACCAACUUGAGAUCUCCCAUGCCCGUUUUGCCUCAUUUCGAUCUCGCCGAAGUUCAGCCGUUGCAGAAGGUCUCGUCGGUCGAUUUCGUCGCCACAGAAGAGGCGCAUCCAUAAGAGUGCAAGGACCUCGACCAGAAGCCCUCGCCGCCAUUGCUGCUCCAGCGGGUCACUAUCGUCACAGGAGCAAGCUCCAAUCGUCUCGGAGAACACCUAAUUCAUCUCCGUCGCGCUCUACACCCUUCUGUAAUCUCUCCAUCACCGGAUACCCUCUGUACCCGUCGGCCGCAUCACCGCCGAGUCGCCCGUGGCCAUCGUCCUCAAGUCCGGCACUAUCCAUCCUGUUGUUCCGAUUGUUUGGACUGCGAAGGGAACCAAAAUUAAGUGUUAGAGUACUUCAGCACCUUUCAAGGAUUUUCAGAUGAUCAAUGAGAUACAGUAGGAUCGCGAGUCUUCACUCAGCUUUUCGCCAGUGGGCAUUAAUGGGACUCAUCUUUUACUUAUGCUACAUUUCUGCUAUUAUUACUAAAUAAGGCUAGUUAUGUGCUACACAAUUUUUAACACUACAAAUUCUGGAUCAUACGUCGAAGUAACUGAUGGACUUGUUGUUUUGA